GCUCAGUCUGAGGCGGAGAGUGGAGGGUGCAGAGCUUUGCUGUUUGCUGUUUAAUUUCACUACGGGUGUUGUGCGUCUAUUCAAAUUCAUCAGAAGAGCUGGGUGUCUAUGAAGAGUGACUGGUCUAUGGAUCCCGCAAUCAAACGACCUGCUGUCAGUGUGGUAGGAGACGAUCAGACCGGAGACCUGCAGCAGCAUGCACUCCAACCAGAACAUGAUGAACUUCAGAGAGUCAAAGACCAGCACAAAACCAGCAUGAAAAUCAAGUAUGAGAGAUUAUUUGAGGGAAUCAACUAUCAAGAGACUCAAACCCUCCUGAACAGGAUCUACACACAGAAUUACAUCACAGAAGGAGGAAGUAAAGGAGUGAAUAGAGAGCAUGAGGUUUUACAGAUGGAGAAAACAGCCAGAAAAAUACCCUCACAACACACUCCAGUCUACUGCAAUGACAUCCUUAAAGUCUCAGCUGGAGCAGGACAUGAGGAGAAGACAAAGAAUGAGAAAGCCCAGAUCAAGACUGUUCUUACCAAAGGCAUCGCUGGAAUUGGGAAAACCGUCUCUGUGCAGAAGUUCAUUCUGGACUGGGCCGAGGGAAAAGCCAAUCAGGAUGUAGAUUUCAUGUUUGUGCUUCCAUUUCGAGAGCUGAACUUGAUCAGAGAUCAUCAGUACAGUCUUCACAGACUUCUGCUGGACUUUCAUCCUGAACUUGAAGAUCUGGAGCCCAAGAUUUAUGAGCAGUGUAGAGUUGUGUUCAUCUUUGAUGGUCUGGAUGAAAGCAGAAUAACACUGAACUUUUCAGAUGAGGAGAAAGUUUGUGCUGUGACUGAAUCUUCAUCAGUGGCUGUGUUGAUGUGGAGCCUCCUGAAAGGAGAUCUGCUUCCCUCUGCUCUCCUCUGGAUCACCUCCAGACCAGCAGCAGCCCAUCAGAUCCCCUCCAAAUACAUCAACCGUCUGACAGAAAUUCAGGGAUUCACUGAGCCUCAGAAGGAGGAAUAUUUCAGGAAGAGAAUCAGCGACGAGCAUCAAGCCAGCAGAAUCAUCUCCCACAUCAGAAGAGCAAGAAGCCUCCAGAUCAUGUGCCCCAUACCAGUCUUCUGCUGGAUCUCCUCCACUGUGCUUCAGAAGCUCCUGGAAGAAGAUCUGAGUGCAGAAAUCCCUCAAACUCUGACUGAGAUGUACAUCCACUUCCUGCUGAUUCAGAUCAACAUGAGGAAGCAGAAGUAUGAAGAGAGAGAUAGAGAGGAACUCCUGCAGUCCAACAGAGGAGUGAUCCUCAAACUUGCUGAAGUGGCUUUCAGACAGCUGAUGAAGGGCAAUGUGAUGUUCUAUGAGGAGGACCUGUUUGAGAGCGGCUUAGACGUCACUGACGCCUCAGUGUAUUCUGGGAUCUGCACUGAGAUCUUCAAGGAGGAAUCUGUGAUUCAUCAGAGGAAAGUCUACAGCUUCAUCCAUCUCAGCUUUCAGGAGUUUCUGGCUGCUUUCUUUGUGUUUUACUGCCAUUUAACAAAGAAUAGAGAACCGCUGAGGUUGCUUUAUGAGAGUAAAUAUUCAGAUGAUGAAGAUGUGUCAGAUGAUGAUUUAUCUGAAUAUUCAUAUGAUCAAUAUCUACAGGUCAUCUCUGAGUUCUCUCUGUGUCAUCUGCUCAGUUUAGCAGUAUAUAAAGCUGUCUGCAGUAGUAAUGGUCAUCUGGAUCUCUUCCUGUGGUUCCUGCUGGGCGUCUCACUGGAGUCCAAUCAGAGACUCUUACAGGAUCUGCUGACACACAAAGAGGAGAGCUCAGAGAGCAUCAGGACAAUCACACAGGACAUUAAAUACAAGAUCAAGACAGAUGACCGUCUCUCAGCUGAAAGAUCCAUCAAUCUGUUCCUCUGUCUGCUGGAGGUGAAAGAUCAGACUCUGGCCAGAGAGAUUCAGGAGUUUGUGAAAUCAGACAAACACUCAGAGGAGGAAUUCUCUCCUGCUCACUGCUCAACAAUCUCCUACAUGAUUGAGAUGUCAGAGGAGCCGCUGGAUGAGUUAGACUCUAAUAAAUUCAACACAUCAGAUAUAGGAAGAUGGAGACUGAUACCAGCUGUGAGAAACUGCAGAAGAGCUCUACUACAGUGGUGUUAUCUCACUGUUCAGUGUUGUGAGAGUUUGUCUUCAGCUCUACAAUCCUCAAACUGUGUCCUGAGAGAGCUGGACCUGAGUAACAAUGACCUGCAGGAUUCAGGAGUGAAGGCUCUCUCUGAUGGAUUGAAGAGUCAACACUGUAAACUGGAGACACUGAGGCUACAGUGCUGUAAUCUCACUGUUCAGUCCUUUGAGAGUUUGUCUUCAGCUCUACAAUCCUCAAACUGUGUCCUGAGAAAGCUGGACCUGAGUAACAAUGACCUGCAGGAUUCAGGAGUGAAGCUUCUCUCUGAUGGACUGAAGAGUCAACACUGUAAACUGGAGACACUGAGACUGGUGAUGUGUAACCUCACUGUUCAGUGCUGUGAGAGUUUGUCUUCAGCUCUACAAUCCUCAAACUGUGUCCUGAGAGAGCUGGACCUGAGUAACAAUGACCUACAGGAUUCAGAAGUGAAGCUUCUCUCUGAUGGACUGAAGAGUCCAAACUGUAAUCUGGAGACACUGAGACUGGCCAUUUGUAAUCUCACUGUUCAGUCCUGUGAGAGUUUGUCUUCAGCUCUACAAUCCUCAAACUGUGUCCUGAGAGAGCUGGACCUGAGUAACAAUGACCUGCAGGAUUCAGGAGUGAAGCUUCUCUCUGAUGGACUGAAGAGUCCAAACUGUAAACUGGAGACACUGAGAUUGUCUGGCUGUAUGGUGACAGAGGAAGGCUGUGGUUUUCUGUCUUCAGCUCUGACUUCAAACCCCUCACACCUGAGAGAGCUGGAUCUGAGCUACAACCAUCCAGGAGAUUCAGGAGUCAAACUGCUUUCUGAAAAACUGGAGGAUCCAAACUACACACUGGACAAACUCAAUCUGGAUCAUGGAGGAGACUCGAGGAUUACAGCAGGACCACGCAAAUAUGCCUGUUUCCUCACUCUGGAUCCAAACACAUUAUACACUGGUCUCAUUCUGUCUGAGGAGAACAGAGAGGUGAAGAGUGUGGAAAAGCAUAAGCCGUAUCCUGAUCAUCCAGACAGAUUUAAUGGUAUUUAUCCUCAGGUGCUGUGCAGAGAGAGUGUGUGUGGACGCUGUUACUGGGAGAUUGACUGGAGCGGAGAUAAUCGUGUGUGUAUAGCAGUGUCAUAUAAGAGCAUCAGCAGGAAGGGACUAGGUGAUGAGUGUUGGUUUGGACGUAAUGAUCAGUCCUGGAGUUUGUGCUGCUAUUCCUCCAGUUUCACAUUCUGGCACAAUGACACACACACUGAUCUCUCAGUAAAGCCGCUCAGCAGGAGAAUAGGAGUGUUUGUGGAUCACAGUGCAGGAACUCUGAUCUUCUACAACAUCAGCAGAGACACAAUGAGCCUCAUCCACUCAGUCCAGACCACAUUCACUGAACCGCUCUGUGCUGGGUUUGCUGUUUGGCGUCCAUCAUCACUGAAACUGUGCUGAAGACUGAGGAGGAGCAGCAGGUAGCAGUGUGUGUGUGUGUGUGUGUGUGUGUGUGUGUGUGUGUGUGUGUGAGAGAGAGAGAGAGAGAGAGAGUGUGUCUGUCUGUGUGAGAGAGCAUGUGUGUGAGAAUAUGUUUGUGUUUCAGUGUG